AUCUGUCAUUCGCUUAGCCCAUUAUCUAGCUGCAAUGCUCGAUUGUUGAAUUAAUGACUUUCUAGGUAUAUAUGGGCUGUUUCACUACGUUCAGCCUUUAAAUUAGCCAGAGGAAAUCUUGCAAAAGCUGAUAUUUUGAUUAUUGUGAUAAAGCAACGUAGGCUAAACGUCAGCAAAGCAAGCUAUCACACGAGUGUGUGUUGUUGAUGAGUGUGCGUGCAGCUAGCAAGCCUGGGAGGUUGUUUAUCACUAAUCCGGUCUAGUUUCAGGAAAACCCUGGUCAGUUGAUAAUAGGCUGUCAUUGAAAUACCAUAAUGUUGCCGCGAUCCUGAGGUGUUGACUGGGACAAAAAAAAAAGAGUGAUGUACUCUCCUAUGCGAAAGGACUACGUCGCGCUGACCUUGCGUGACCAGUACAGCCAUAACUAUACCAACGGGAAACAAUGGAGGAGGCAGUCCUGCUGGAGGAAAUGGAAACAACUCUCCCGGAUGCAGCGCAGUCUGAUCCUCUUCCUGACGGCGCUGUUGCUGGCCUGUGGCAUCAUCUCGUAUCCCAGCCUGAGUCAGCACUGGAGAGGGCUGUCUGACCGCUCUGCAGAGGACGACUGGGAUGCCGAGGACAUCAAAGGGGUCCGGCCCAUCCCGCCCGGUGCCAUGCCAAAAGUCAACCCUGACCAUGUCCCAGAGGCAGCGCCCCAGGAGAUCAUCCCCGAGCUGCAGAGGCCAAACCUCCCCAUCCUUCCUAAACCACCAGAAAUGAAGAAACCUGCUCCAAACAAACGAGGUCCACCUGUUCUCCAGAAGCGAGGCAAUACAUCGGACACUCAGGUGAAGGAGAAACAAGAACCCUCAGAGAAGAAUGAGGGAGCACGCGAGGAAGAACAGAAAGGAGAGAAGGAGGAAGAACAGAAAGGAGAGAAGGCUCUUAUCAGCUGGAGAGGGACCAUGAUCGAGGCCGAGCAGUCCACAGACCCCCCACCCUCAGUGCAGGAGAAGGAAGGAGCAGCUGGGCCGGCCAAGCCUGGGGAAGCUGCACCACUGGCCCCAGCAGCGUCGGUCUCUCCAGAGGACCGUGUGGAGGCAGUGCGGGAGGCCUUCAGGCAUGCGUGGAAGGGCUAUAAGGAGUUUGCCUGGGGCCACGACGAGCUGAAGCCCAUCACCAAGACCUACGGGGAGUGGUUCGGCCUGGGCCUCAGCAUCAUCGACGCCCUGGACACUAUGUGGAUCCUGGGGCUCAAAGAAGAGUUUGAGGAGGCGAGGAUCUGGGUGAAAGAUGAGUUGUCAUUCAACAAGAACGUGGACGUGAAUCUGUUUGAGACCACCAUCCGCAUCCUGGGAGGUCUGCUCAGCACCUACCACCUGACCGGAGACGGGCUGUUCCUGGACAAGGCUAAAGACAUCGGAGCCAGGCUUAUGCCUGCCUUCAAAACCCCAUCUAAAAUCCCCUUCUCGGAUGUAAACAUUGGCAAAGGCACCGCCCGCCCACCCCGCUGGACCACCGACAGCACCGUUGCCGAGGUAACCAGCAUCCAGCUGGAGUUCCGCGAGCUCAGCCGUCUCACUAACGACCCGCAGUACCAGACGGUGGUGGACGAGGUCAUGAGCCGAGUGCACCGCCUGGAGGGCAAGCAUGAUGGCCUGGUGCCCAUGUUCAUCAACACCAACAGCGGCAAGUUCACCCACCGCGGCGUCUACACGUUGGGUGCCCGCGCCGACAGCUACUACGAGUACCUGCUCAAGCAGUGGCUGCAGGGAGGCAAGACCGAGACAGCCCUGUUGGAGGACUACCUUCAGGCGAUUGAGGGCGUGAGGAAGAACCUACUGAAGAAGACUCAGCCCAGCCUGCUGACAUUUGUGGGGGAGCUGUCUCACGGCCGCCUCAACCCCAAAAUGGACCACCUGGUGUGUUUCCUGCCGGGCACGCUGGCGCUGGGGGCCCACAACGGCCUGCCCGCGGAGCACAUGGAGCUGGCCCUGGAGCUGAUGGAUACCUGCCACCAGAUGUACGCCCAGAUGGAGACAGGCCUGAGCCCCGAGAUCGCCCACUUCAAUCUGCAGCCCCGCAACGGACGCGACGUGGACGUCAAGCCUGCAGACAGACACAAUCUCCUGCGGCCAGAGACGGUCGAGAGCCUCUUCUACCUGUACAGGUACACCCACGACUCCAAGUACAGGGACUGGGGCUGGGAGAUCCUGCAGAGCUUCAACAAGUACACCAGAGUGCCCACAGGGGGCUACAGCUCCAUCUCAAACGUCCGCGACCCGGUGAGCCCAGGGCCCAGGGACAAGAUGGAGAGCUUCUUCCUGGGCGAGACGCUGAAGUACCUCUUCCUGCUCUUCUCCGACGAUGAGCAGCUCGUCAGCCUGGACAAGUACGUGUUCAACACGGAGGCGCACCCGCUGCCUCUCUGGCCCGUAGCCUCCUGAGAGGACCAGAAACCAGGUCGGGCAGCGCAACAGGAUCAGCCCUCCUCCUCGUCCUCCUCCUCCUCCUCCUCUCCUCUUCUAACCCCAUGGGACACAGCUCAUGUUGACUGCGAGUGUCAAACUCCACUAGGACCAGCUUGGUGGAAGUUGACUGCCAUCAGUGAGUGUGCCUUUUUGUCAGUUAGGUGCGGAGGAUGCUGCUGAGAAAAUGCAGUGAAGGGAUGAAAGUUCACAUGAGGACAUUUAUAUAUCUCUCUCUCUUCUCUCUAUCUAUCUAUCUAUCUAUCGAUCGAUCGAU